AUGACGGAGUCAACAAAUGAACAAAUACCAGGCUUGAAACAGAAGAAAGUUUUUAAAAUUAUUGUUUUAGGCGAUUCGGGAGUGGGUAAAACGUGUCUCACAUACAGAUUCUGCGAAGGUCAAUUCCUUGAUAAAUCAGAGGCUACGAUCGGUGUUGAUUUUAGAGAAAGGACUGUUCGAAUAUUUAACGAAGAUAUUAAGCUACAACUUUGGGAUACAGCAGGUCAGGAGAGGUUCCGCAAGUCAAUGGUGCAGCACUAUUAUAGAAACGUCCAUGCUGUUGUUAUAGUAUAUGAUGUCACUAAACCGGAAACAUUCCAUAGGCACAAUUCACUGUGGAUUCUUCACAUAACACUCAGCUUAAUGCUGGCACCAGGAUUUAAACUUGGUUCUAUAGCCAGCUGGAUGCAGGAGGUGGAGUCGCAUGGACUGUCGAAGGCGCCUCGGGUCCUGGUCGGCAACAAGUGCGACUGCGGAACGCCAGAAUCGCGACUCGCAACCGCCUAUGCUCAGCGGUUGGCAGACAAACACGGAAUGCCGCUAUUUGAGACUUCAGCUCUUCUGGACACUGAGUGUGACAAUGUGGAGUCGAUAUUCAUGACUCUUGCCCACAAAUUGUAUUCUAAGCAGCCACUUCGAGUUGUCAGUGUUGAGGGAGAGCCGGGGUAUGGCGUGGUGACGCUUCCUCGUCAGCGAAGACCGCAGGUGACCGCUGGAAGCGACAACUGCCUGUGCAGU